GGGCCUGCGGCGCAGAGGCCCAGGCAGGACCGCGCCAUGCCGCUCCUGCGCGGCGGCCUGCUGCCGGGCCUGCUCCGCUCGGGAGCGCUGGCGGCCGGGCUGGGCCGGCGCUGCGGCGGAACCGGCGGAGUCCCGGCCGGGGGCGCGCGGGCCGAGCCGGGAAGCCCGAGCUGCCCAGAUAGCGGCGAGCGGGGGCCGGGCCCGGAGCGCGGGAGCGAGUCCACUGGGGUCCCCGAGGAGGGGAGCCGGCCGCGGGCGGAGCGUCCGCUAGGCCGCGCUGGAGGCCUCUGCGGAAGGCCGCGGCCCCCGCCCCGCGCGGUGGGCUCGCCCAGGCGGGAGCUUUUCUGUGGCUCGCGGGCUCCCGCGCUCGGCGAAUCCCGCUCUCCUGCGUCUGCAGCCAUGCCCUGCUCGGAAGACGCGGCGGCCGCCUCGGUCAGCAAGCGUGCUCGGGCGGAGGAUGGCGCUCGGCUGCGCUUCGUGCGGCUCUCGGAGCACGCCACGGCGCCCACCCGCGGCUCCGCGCGCGCCGCGGGCUACGACCUGUACAGUGCUUAUGAUUAUACCAUACCACCCAUGGAGAAAGCCAUUGUGAAAACAGACAUUCAGAUAGCUGUUCCAUCUGGGUGCUAUGGAAGAGUAGCUCCUCGAUCUGGCUUGGCUGUGAAGCACUUCAUAGAUGUAGGAGCUGGUGUCAUAGAUGAAGAUUACAGAGGAAACGUUGGUGUUGUGCUGUUUAAUUUUGGAAAAGAGAAGUUUGAAGUGAAAAAAGGUGAUCGAGUUGCGCAACUCAUUUGUGAACGGAUUUUUUAUCCAGACUUGGAAGAAGUUCAAGCACUGGAUGACACCGAAAGGGGCACAGGAGGUUUUGGCUCCACGGGAAGGAAUUAAAAGUUUGCUUGAAAAUAUUUGCUGUUUCAGCGCUGUAAACAGGAGCUUAAAUUCUGGCAAUAUUUCUUGUUCUAGGUUGCAGGAAAGGAGCCCUGUUAGUAUCACGUUGGAACUGCUCUGUCUCUGUGGUUGAUGGUUGUCUGUAAAUCUAUUGUGAGGAUGGCAUUGAUAUGCAGAUUUCGCAAAACGAAGUGUACAAGUAGAUUUUUUGUUUUGUUUUAUUCCUUAAACUAGAGUCUUCAGGUGGUUUUGCUCUCAUUGCUAUAUCAUUUGUAACUUUUUUAUGUAAUAAAAUUGAAGUCUUUAGCAGAUA